AUGGUUGUUAAAAAACCUCAACCAUCUCAAUCGUUUGCAAAAAUCAUAAAAAUGGCGCGCUUCGUUUCCGGAUUGGUCGGUGCUGAUGUGGCUUCUGAGAAUUAUAGGGUCAAUAUUAUUACGAUCAUAGUGAUAAUAUGUAUUAGCAUUUAUUUCAUAUUCACUGCCACAACUGUGGCCAAUGUAUUUUCGGAGAACUGGACAUACCUGCUGGAGGCAUCCUGCAUGGUGGGCAGCGUUUUGCAGGGCAUCACCAAACUUAUUUCGGGCAUCGUAUUCACCAAACAGGUCAGCGGAAUGCGCUUGGAAUUAGAGGCAUUUUAUCGGGAACACGAAACGAAGGGCGAGGCCUAUUGCAAGGCCUUGCAGGAGUGUUGUGAACGUGUAUGGCAGGUCAUAAAAAUGGUUGGAAACAUUUAUGCUGCUACAGCAGUGGGCAUACUACUUUUAACUGCCAUUCUGGUCAUUGUAACUGAGAAGCAAGUCUACGUAAUGCACUUUUUCAUACCCGGCUUGGAUGUUGGAACGCAAUUUGGCUAUUUGGCUACAAUGGCGGUGCAUACAGUGGUUUUUCUAGCUGGCAUUUUCGGUCUAUUUGCUGGCGAUUUAUUUUUUCUUAUAUAUUUGGGACAACCGGAAUUAUUUCGUGACUUUUUGGUACUGAAAGUCAAAGCACUAAAUGAGGCUGCUGCUGAAAAAAGUAAAACGGCUGAAAAGCUAUUAAUCGAUAUUAUUGAAUGGCAUCAAUACUAUACCGACUACAAUGAGCGUUGUAACUAUGUAUUCUACUACAUAAUAACUAUGCAAAUCGUUACAUCGGGCAUCUCAAUUAUUUGUACUCUUUAUAUUCUACUUUUGGGAGAUUGGCCUGGUGCAUACCUGUACAUUUUGGUAGCAUUUUGUGGACUUUAUCUAUACUGUAUUAUUGGCACGAAAAUCGAAACUUGUAAUCAUGCAUUUUAUGAGGAACUUUACAAUAUCAAUUGGUACGAUUUGGAAGUGAAAAAUCAGAAAAUGAUUAUAUUCAUAUUGAUGAGGUCACAAAAUCCUAGUGAAAUUAAAAUUGGUGGCGUCCUGCCGCUCUCUGUGCAAACAGCACUUUCGAUAACUAAAUCAAUUUAUGGAAUAUUUACAAUGAUGUUGGGUUUUUUGGAUGAAGAACAGUGA